AUGGCUGCUCAGGCUAGCGAGGAUCUGCAGAAGCUUGACCAGGCCAUGGAAAGUUAUGAAGUUGAACUCAACGGGACCAUGCAUCCCGUGAAGUGUAUUAGGAACCUCAACGGUCACAACAUUGACCAGCACGUCAUCCACGGAGGCAAGAGUGUUCCGAUUGUGAAGGGUGGUGACCAGACCAAGAUGGAGGAAGGUGAAGUUUUCGCCAUUGAGACCUUCGGUAGUACCGGAAAGGGCUACGUGCGAGAAGACAUGGAAACCUCCCAUUACGCUUUGGUUCCUAAUGCCUCUCCGGUGCCUCUGCGUCUCUCUUCGGCCAAGAAUCUGUUGAAUGUGAUCAACAAGAACUUCGGCACUUUGCCCUUCUGCCGUCGUUAUCUUGACCGACUUGGACAGGAUAAAUAUCUUCUUGGAGUAAGACGAUAA